UCUCAGCGGUGACCAAGUUAGGACUUGUCUCGUCACAGAAAUCCACGUUAUCCUCGGGGCAUUUCAGACCGCUCAAUAAAUGACAAUCACCAUGUGGCUGUUUCGGUCUGCUCUCGAAUCUGCAGAAAUGGGCGUGAUGUAAAAGACAACGUGUAUAAAAUCCUUUAAAAAUCGUGUUAAAACUACAAACAUGUGUGUUCUAAUCCCCCCCUGCCUUCUGUGAGAAAAGUGGGACAUUUCAAGACAUUCCUUGUCGUUUUUCCUCCAUAUGUCCCACUGGACACCGAAUGGGAGGGACUAAAGUGUGCAUCACCUACGGGGUAUACUAAUGAACUCUCCUCUAAGAAAACACAGGCUGAUAUACGAUGAAACAUUUCUUAUAGCCUGAAUGUAAAUUCUACCUGUUUGUCCCAGGAGUGGAAUAGCUGCGCGUCCUGAACCGGAGUGCUGUUAAAACUGAGAGUUUUGAUUUGCAGAAAAAGUCGACAUCCUGUCUCAGAGUCCCUGUCCUUUUAAAUGUCAUCAUCUGCAUUCUCUGUGUUGGCCAGGGCAGCUGCCACCUGCAGCAACAGUGCAAUGGCCAGUCCAGAGGACGUGAUCGAGCCGGCAGUUCAAAUCUCUUCUGCCCAAAAGCUGGACAGAAGGCGCUUUAUGCACGACAUCGAGGGCUUGAGUCCAGAUGAAAUAGACGGCCUCAUGUCCAGUAGCGAGGGUCGGCCUUUCCUUGUGGUGCAUCAUCUUCCUGAGCUGAAAGAGGAGGGCGUGCCUUACUUGAUGCCUGGUACUCCUAUUACAUGCAGAGUGGACAACACAGAGAAAUACACUACUCGCUCAAAGGUCCAUGUAGGCACCCUGUACACAGUGCGACUAACACAUGGCCACUUCCACUGGACAGUUAAGAGGAAAUACAAGCACUUCCAGGAGCUGCAUCGAGACCUCUACAAGCACAAAAUGAUGCUUCACUUGCUGCCCCUUGGAAGGUUUGCAAAGGACAGACAGCAGCUGAGAGCCAUGUCAGAGGAAAUGCCCAGCCUACAUGGGACUGAACGCACCAGAAGGACCUCAAGCAAAAUGAAAUACCUUGAAGAGUACCUUAAUGGUCUGCUGGAGAACGUUUUCUGCCGGAAUGAUCACAGCAUGCUGGAAUUCCUCUCUGUGGGUGCUCUUUCCUUCGUCACUGAUCUUGGACCCAAAGGCUUAGAGGGACCCAUCUUCAAGAGGUCGGGGGGUCACCGGAUCCAAGGCCUGAACUGCAUCGGCCAUCAUCAGUUCUGUUUCCGCUGGUCGCGUCGCUGGCUGGUGGUGAAAGACUCCUUCCUGUUAUACAUGAACCGAGACAAUGGAAACAUCAACUUUGUGUUGCUGUUUGACCCUGAGUUCAAAGUGAAAGUCGGUCGUGCUUACACAGACACCAAAUAUGGAGUCUGCAUUGAGAACUUCACUCGGUGUCUGAUCAUCAAAUGUGGCAGCUAUAGGCAGGCUCAUUGGUGGAGUCAUGAAAUCAACCGGCUGGCAGAAACCUGUGACUUUCUCAAAGUGCAACGCUUUGAGGGCUUUGCUCCGCCGCGGGAGAACACACUCACAAAAUGGUAUGUGAACGGACACGGCUACUUUGCAGACCUGGCUGAUGCACUCGAACAAGCAAAGGAGGAAAUCUUUAUCACAGAUUGGUGGCUCAGCCCUGAAGUGUUCCUAAAGAGACCAGCAACUGAAAACUACUGGCGUCUGGAUCACAUACUCAAACGCAAAGCGGAACAAGGAGUCAAAGUGUGCAUCCUGCUUUACAAAGAGGUGGAGCUGGCACUUGGCAUAAACAGUGAGCACAGCAAGAGGACUCUUAUGAAUAUGCACCCAAACAUCAAGGUGAUGCGACAUCCUGACCACGUCUCUUCUGUGGUGUUCCUGUGGGCUCACCAUGAAAAGAUGGUGGCCAUUGACCAAACAGUAGCCUUUGUGGGUGGGAUUGAUCUGGCGUUUGGGAGGUGGGACAACAGCCAGUACAGGUUAACUGACCUGGGUUUGAAGGAGGAUGCCUCCAGUGUGACGGAUGAGGCCCAAAAAAUAGAUACAGUUGACAAUGGUGUGGCUGAUGGUCAAAAACCCUCUGAACCAGAUAAGCACGCAGAGCAGGACCUAGAGGAUCUGACUGGCAACACUAAACUGUGGCUUGGCAAAGACUACAGCAACUUUAUCAGGAAAGACUGGGUCCAGCUGGACAGACCAUUUGAAGAUAACAUCGACCGUACUCAAGUUCCUCGCAUGCCAUGGCGCGAUCUGCAUGCGGCCGUUCAUGGAAGUGCUGCCAGAGACGCCGCCCGCCACUUCAUCCAGCGCUGGAACUUCACCAAGCUCUUCAAAAACAAGUACAAGGACGACUUCUACCCCAACCUCCUCCCCAAGUCCCACUGUACUGCUGACAACCUCACAUACACCGUGCCCGGGUCCACGAAGGCCAAAGUGCAGGUGUUACGGUCUGCUGAUCGUUGGUCUACUGGAACCUGUGAGAACUCGAUCCUCAAUGCCUACAUCCACACCAUCGAGAACAGCGAGCACUACAUCUAUAUUGAGAACCAGUUCUUCAUCAGCUGUACCGAUGGGAAAACCGUCUAUAACGGGAUUGGUGAUGCAAUUGUAGACCGAAUCUUGCGUGCAUACAGAGAGCAGAAGAAGUACAGAGUGUUCGUGGUGGUUCCUUUGCUUCCUGGGUUUGAGGGAGACAUCAGUGCAGGAGGUGGAAAUGCCAUCCAGGCUAUUCUGCACUUCACUUACAGGACUAUGUGCCGAGGGGAGCACGCCAUCUUAUCACGACUCAGUGAAGUCAAGGACCAGUGGACAGAGUACAUCUCCCUCUGUGGCCUGAGAAAACACUCCCAGCUUUCCCAGUCCCUCGUCACUGAGCUCAUCUACGUCCACAGCAAGACCCUCAUAUCAGAUGACCGCUGCUAUAUCAUCGGAUCGGCCAACAUCAAUGACCGCAGCAUGCUGGGCAGCAGAGACAGUGAGAUGGCUGUGUUUGUGGAAGAUGAAGAGCGGGUCCCGUCCGUCAUGGGAGGGGAGGAGUACCAGGCAGGGCCCCUCACACUGGCUCUGCGCAAAGAGUGUUUCAGUGUUCUUGUUGGUGCUUCUUCAGACCCCAGUAUCAAUAUUGACGAUCCAAUCAGUGAUGAUUUCUUCUUCUUGGCCUGGAACACAGCUGCCAAACAGAAUGCCAUCAUUUAUGACAAGGUCUUCAAAUGCCUGCCCUACAACACAGUCCACAACAUGCGUGACCUGAAGGAGUACUCCGGCAUGGAGCGACUUUGCGACACAGACCCCGAGAAGGCUGCAGAGGAGCUGAAGGGAAUCAGAGGCUUGCUAGUCCACUUCCCCCUGCGGUUCCUGUGUGAGGAGAACCUGCUGCCUCCUCUGGGCACCAAAGAAGGCAUGGCUCCUGUCGGGCUGUGGACAUAACCACAGCUCGGAACACAUCAGACCACUAAAGGGCUGUAGUACCACAUGCUCCAUCUAUCCUAAUGUCCAGCACACUAAAGUAGUUAUAGCACUCGCACUUCACUGGUGAGGGAAAGACGUCAUGAUUUACUUCUUAAUCAUUAUGUUUUUUUUAUUGUCUCUUUGACUGACGAUGAGCUGGUCUGAACACAACCACUGAGAUGUGGAUUUUAUGAUGGUUCGCUGUCACAAACGUUCAUUAAUCUGUAGUAGCCAGCUUGUCCUCAGUGUCUGCUUCAGAACUUCUUCAGAACAAUCUGAACCGGCACUGGGAAAAAAAAAUAACACAAAUGAAUGUGAGUCAGGGGAGGAUGUGAGGUUCUAUUGGAAACCCAUCAUCUCACAUGAUCUGGGAACAUAGUGUACAGUUAUUGGUGAAGGUUUUGGGUGGGUGGCACUGUCUCUCUUUCUGUCUCUCUCUUUCUGUCUCUCUCGUUCUGUCUCUCUCGUUCUGUCUCUCUCUCUCUCUUUCUCUCUCUCUCUUUCUCUCUCUCUCUCACGCUCACUCUCACUCUCUCCCUCUGAGGCUUCACCUCUCACUGCAGUGCCAGCAAAUCUGUCAGAACAUUUGUGGUUGUUAUGGUGACGGAUAUAAAGAGAUGACUGGAUUGGAGCUGAAAUAAAAACUGGAUAGGGCACAAAAAAAGAAGAGCACUGAUAACAGGGAUAACUUACUAAAUCAAGAUUGUGUAAUGGAGGAAAGAAAGUAAUAUGUUGGGGGGAGAAAAAACAAGGACAGAAGAUUUCUGUGCUGAGGAAAUCCAUUGAAUAUUUUUUGGAUAAAGGAUCAGGUGGGCAAAUUGUGGGAGGGAAAUAAAAGCAGGACAAGAUAAUUAAAGGGUGUUAGGUUGAUUUACUGUUAAUUGUUGCGUUUUCCUUUUUCAAAGUCACCAUGACAACUGAGUGAGUUAUUAUUUCACCAUGUUGUCAGCAGUCCAGAACAGAACAUUCCUCUAUCCACUCUGCUUUGACAAAGCUGUCUGAAGCAGAGACACAAUUGUUCGACCAUUGCAUUUAUUUUUAUUUAUUUCAAUAAUUCUGUUUCCAGGUGCCAUAAAAUAUGCUGCAUUUCUACCUUAUAUUCAUGUGCUUACAUCAAGCAUUUGUAUAUUAUAUUAACUUAUGUGUUAUAUUCAGUUGGAGCAAUAUCAAAUCAUGUCUUUAGAAUUAUAAUGCAAAGAUUUUUUAUGCUGUCUUUUAUAAAAUUACAUCAGUUAUUGUGCAAAUUUCCUUUGCUGAGCCACGCAAUUUGGAAAGGUCUAACAUCUGACAAAUAUGUAGUUUGAGUGAUGAAAGUAGACCCCUUUAAAGUUUUGUUUUGAUUAAUUUGGAAUUAUUUUGUUAUAGCUAAGCAGAAAAUAACUAUAUAAGCUGCCCUGUAGAAAAAAAACUAUACAAUAUCAGAGACAUGGGAGACCAGAAGCAUGGACCAGGAUUAGGGUUGUGUGUAACCAGAGAUUUAGCAAGUCUAAUGUCACUUGGAACAUUUUUAUAGAUUUUAAAGUUUUCCACAAUGCACAUUGUCUUUACAGCUGGAAUCAGUGCCUUUGUAAUGCACCUGUCACAUACCAGAACUUUUAAUGAAUUACCAGUAGAGAGAAAGAUAGGAAGUAGUGUGUGAACCUUGUGAAUGGACCUAAUGUUUGAUAUUUUAGUCAUAAGGUUGUGUUCUCACUGGACUUCUAUAUAAUAUUAGCACAAAUCCCUUUCCAGUGCUGUUUUUACGAAGACCUAUAUUCUGAGAAAUUAGUUAGAGUGGUGUAAUAUUCUGCAUUAUUAAACUGCAACUCCAUAAACCUGGAAACUGGUCAAACCUCUGACAGAGCCAGUGAAAGUGUACAGAUUGCUUCAUAAUCUUUGGACACAAGCCCACAAGUCAACAACACUACCUGUGUGGUUUGAGUGCAAACUUGUCUGUGACUGUGACAGAUGAUAAGUGUCUCACAGGAAUACUGCCUUACGCUACAUGAAGCACCUUUCACAGAGGAGCUAGCAAGACCAUCUGUGUUUUUAGAAAUGGUGCAAUACUGGCACCAGAACUAUUCACAUUUUACUUUGAAAGAUAUUAAAAAAGCCACUAUGAGUUCUUGCACACUAGAAGCUGAGAAAAUGCUGGCCUCUGUCACACAGCACACAAUAGUUACCUUGUUUUUGAUGAAAUGUCUGAUUCAAAGUGACCUUAUACUGUUUCUAUACAAUAAAUCGUAUUUUUUAUGAGUAGUAACCAGCAUUACCCAUGAUGUAUAUAUCACUGAAAAAACUUUUUUUAAACUCCCAUUUUGCAUAAUAGUCACCAUGUAUAACUGUUUAUGCUUACCUUUAGAUUUAGGUAAUACAAUGUGUUGAUGUAUUGGUUACUAACACUCAGGGGUAAAGGUCAUAGAUAUUUUUACGCAUUUUUAAUUAUAGUUAUGAACAGCUUAUCAUUAAAAGUAUGUUGCUUUA